AUGACAGAAGUAGCAAAACCAACAGGAGAAGUAAUCGCUCCAGUCUACGUGCUUGACUAGGGAAAAGUAGUAGGAGUCAAUAAAUACUGUGACAUCGGAGCAUUGAUGUUCGAGGACUGCUCUAGUUUCACAGAGAAGUCUGAGAAACAAAUUCUAGAGACUACCAAAAAGAAUCUAUGUCUGCUCUACAAAGAAUUAUUUGACUUGAAGAGAGAGCAAUUAGCUAAGUUGGGAGAUGAUGGUGAGAUUUUAGAAUAUACCAAGUCAAUGUUCAGUGUAAUGCUUCCCAGACCUAAGAUCAUUGUUCCAAGAGAAAAGCCUAUUCCAAAGGAGAAGCCAAUGACGAAAUGGGAGAAGUUUAGAUUAGAGAGAGGCAUGCCAGCCAGAUAGAAGAGAUCUAGAUUAGUGUUUGACCCAAUCUCAAAUGACUGGGUGCCUAGAUGGGGUCACAACAGUGCUAAGAAGAUUGAAGAGAAGCACAACUGGCUUAUGGUAGAUAAGGCUGCAGAUAAAGGUCAGGAUCCUUUCACUAAGAAGAGACAGGAGAGAAAGAUGGUAAUUGAGAAGGAGAAUUUGAAGAGAAUGAAGAACGACAUUUAUGCAGCCAAGCACAUGAAUGGAAACAAAAACGAAGGCCAGAGCACUUAGGUAUUACCAGCCAAGGGGGAUGGUAAAGUAAAAGACGAAGGACCAAGCAAAGAUCAGGAGAAAUAAGCCAUGAAAAAGAGAGAGAGAAAGGCUUUGGCAAAGAGUUUCUAGCUCGCUUAAUUGAGCACUGCUUCAAUGGGCAAAUUUGACAAGAAGAUUAGCAAGCAAGAGCCAGACGCCCCCAACUCGCAGAAAAUACUUAAGAAAAAGAGCAAUUCUCAGUUGGCUGAACUCCAGUAAAACCCCAAAAUGGAAAAAGAGAGAAGCAUGAAGAUUUUGUCAUGGAUGCAAAAGGCUGAGGAAGUUAAGUUUAGCACCAAGGCUGAUGCUCAUUUAGUUAACGCUGAUAAAAUUGUGCAAAACAAAAUAAAAAGAAAUGAGAAGAAGAAGAGCAAGGCGAAAUGA